AUGACGAAAAUCCAAGGGAAGAGGAAGAUCGACUUGGUUUAUGGAGGAGGAAGUGUUGGUUUGAUGGGUCUUAUUUCCAAGAGAGUUUAUGAAGGUGGCUUCCAUGUGCUCGGGAUCAUUCCCAAGGCUUUGAUGCCAAUUGAGAUAUCUGGUAAGACUGUUGGAAAUGUAAGAGUGGUUGCAGACAUGCACAAACACAAAGAUGCAAUGGCACAAGAAGCUGAGGCCUUCAUUGCCCUCACUGAAGGUUAUGGAACAAUGGAGGAGGUGCUGGAGAUGAUAACAUGGUCACAACUUGGUAUCCACAAGAAAACGGUUGGUCUAUUUAAUGUUGAUGGGUACUAUAACAGUUUGCUUGCUUUUGUUUGA